GCCGGCUGGCAAUGCUUGGCACUAAACUUAUCGGGUUAUGCACCCGAGCUGCAGGGGCAUCACAAGCACUUCUGGCGCAAAGGAGUUCGCAUACAAUCUGGUAUCCAGAUGCAAGAUUUGAAAGGCAAUUUAAGAGCGCUGGAGGUAUGGGAAAAUUGUGGAUGAGCGAGAAAUAUGAUGAGUACGAUAAGGCAGUUGGUCUGGACAAGCUGGAGAAGUUAGCUUAUGAGAUGCCAACGUAUUCUGACGUAUUUGAAGGAAAACAUCGUGAGAAACAACUGGAGAAUAUGAUCCUGAACUUUGGUCCACAACAUCCUGCAGCUCACGGAGUACUGCGGUUAGUGCUGAAACUAGAGGGAGAGAUCAUCAUCAAAGCGACUCCUCAUAUUGGUCUGCUACAUCGAGGCACAGAAAAGUUGAUCGAGUAUAAAACAUACACUCAGGCGCUUCCAUAUUUUGAUCGGUUGGACUAUGUCUCAAUGAUGACCAACGAACAGGCUUUUGCGCUUGCUGUCGAAAAGUUGCUGGGUAUUGAAAUCCCACCUCGGGCAAAGUACAUUCGCACAAUGUUUGCGGAACUUACUAGACUUUCAAACCAUAUCGUAGGCAUAGUCACACAAGCUCUAGAUAUUGGUGCUAUGACUCCACUUUUCUGGAUGUUUGAAGAAAGAGAAAAGCUGUUUGAGUUUUCUGAACGUGUCUCGGGUGCUCGAAUGCAUGCGAAUUACAUCCGACCAGGUGGUGUUGCAUGGGAUCUUCCUCUUGGUAUAAUGGAUGACAUAUACAACUGGGCUGAAAAGUUCCCCGAGCGAAUUGAUGAAGUGGAGGACAUGCUUACUGAAAACAGAAUCUGGAAAGCAAGGACAAUUGAUAUUGGCAUUGUUUCUGCUGCGGAUGCACUGAACUGGGGCUUUACUGGAGUAAUGGUGCGUGGAUCAGGAAUAAAACAGGACGUUCGGAAAACCCAACCGUAUGAAGCGUACGAUCAAAUGGAAUUUGACGUGCCAGUUGGAACUAAAGGAGAUUGUUACGAUAGAUAUCUUUGCCGGCUUGAAGAAAUGCGUCAGUCUUUGAGAAUUAUUCUCCAAUGUCUCAACAAGAUGCCCGCUGGUGAGGUGAAGGUCGAUGAUCAUAAACUUGUCCCUCCAAAGCGUGCGGAGAUGAAGAACUCCAUGGAAUCGUUAAUUCACCACUUCAAAUUCUUCACCCAAGGAUACCAAGUUCCACCCGGAGCAACCUAUGUUCCAAUCGAGGCCCCUAAAGGAGAGUUUGGAGUGUAUCUUGUUUCUGACGGUACUAGCAGACCCUACAGAUGCUUCAUCCGUGCUCCUGCAUUUCCGCAUUUGGCCGCCUUACCUGACAUAUGUUACAUGUCGCUGAUUGCUGAUGUCGUUGCAGUCAUCGGAACAUUGGACAUUAUCUUUGGCGAAGUGGAUCGAUAAGCCCAUAGCUGGGUCAAUCCAUAGAUCCACUCCAUAAUAUACAGGGUGUUCCAAGAAAUGUACUGACCGUUUGAUUGCCAAUAACUCUAUC